AUGCCACUAGGUUCAGGUGACAAUGCCAACGACGACCAAGGUGGGCAAUGCAGUGGCGGUUCAGCCAAUGGUAAAAUGGCAGAAGGUGCUGGUGACAACAACAACGACAAACAGUGUGAGCAGGGAAGUGGUGGUUCCACCAAUGGUACGACACCUGCAGGUUCCGGUGGGCUUGCCAUCGACGCCGACAACCAAGGUUUACAAAGAAAUGGCCGGUCCGCCAAUGGCAAAUCGCCGGUAGGUUCCGACGGCAGCGUGACAAUGGCACCCACAACCAAGGUGGGCAAGGGAGUGGUGUUUCAACCAAUGGCACAACGCCACCAGGGUCGUGUGACAAUUGCAACGACACCGACAACGAAGAUUGGCAGGAAAGUGGCGGCUACAACAAUGGCACAAUCUCAGCAAGUUCCAUUGUCUACGGAAAUGACAUGGACAACCAAAAGGGGUGAGGAAUUGCGGCUCCGCAAAGACUACGACUCUUGCAGGUGCCGGCGUCAAUGGCAAUCAAUAUACGCAAAAGCCCGAUGGUGA